AUGCGAUCCCACUCCCUCGGGAGCCCACCUCACCCAAACCCACCCCAAACGCCCCAAAACGCCAUCAAAGCCCAAACCACCUGCGCCCCCUCCCCAUUGGAAGAUCCCCCUACCCCAAAACCCCCCCGAAAGCCCCCCACAACCCGACAAACUCCCACCCAUGCCGCCCUCAAAAGCAGGGGCCCCCAAAAACGACACCCUCACGUCCUCACAAGGAAUGUAAGACUGUCGCCCACGGUGAAGGUCUAUCCGGACGGUCGCGUAUGCAUAUCCAUUCUACAUGCUCCUGGUGACGAUCCUUUGGGAUAUGAAUGCUCUGUCGAACGAUGGAGUCCAGUACAAUCAGUGGAAAAGAUUUUGCUCUCAGUUGUUAGCAUGUUGGCAGAGCCAAACGACGAAAGUGCCGCGAACGUAGACGCAGCCAAGACGUGGCGAGAGGACAAGCGCCGUUUCAACAAGCUCGCUUUGAGAAGUGUCCGUCUCAGUCUAGGCUUACCGGCUGAAUAAACGCCUGACGUGUGCAUCUCAAUCAAUUGUUACUCAUUGUACAAAGCCUAAUUUGCGAUCUAGUUCGGAUGUCCAUAAAUUGCCCUCUGGGUUACCCACUCACCUUUUGGGUUCUCCACUGCUUCUUUCUACCAUCCUUCGGUAUUCAAACCCAAGUUCUUUGUGUUGUUCUCGCGUGUCUGCUCGUCCUCUAUAACUUUCUGUAAGGGUGUGCGUGUGAUAUAUUGCAUCGUGUGAGACUGUUUCGAGCAUCAGUCCUGUGUUUGAGAAUAAACGGUGCAUUGUGGUGGGAAUGAGCGUCACUACUGUCUUCUAAUCCCUAAAGUUUUCUCGGAAUUUUGCGCGUCUGUGUCGGUGAUUGCUUAACGCAUUCGCGUUUCUUGGAGAUUACAGUUCGCAUCAUUUUUG